AUGGAGUCACUAAGUUCAAUAUCGGAACUUCCUAGCAAUGAAUACACCAUCCCAAACCUUCCAGAGCUUCCAGAAACAACUCAUGAAUCCAUCACCCAUCCUCGAUACCCAAGUCCGACUUCCUUCGAGCCUUUCACAAAGCAAGUCUUAAAGCAAUACAUCAAUAUGCAACUCCUCAAAUCAUGUGCGCUCCUCGCCAAUUCCGAGCCCGCCCGAGCUCUAGAGCAUGUGGAAAAUGCUUUUCUUAUUUCAGAAGAGAAGAGUUUUUCCUAUGAGAUAAGCAAAUGUUAUUUGUAUCGUGGAUUGUGUUUUAUGGGGAUGAAGAGGUGGAGGGAGGCGAGGGUUGCGCUGGUGAGGGGGGUGAAUGUUAGAGGGUGGGGUGGAAAAGUGGAGGGGUUGAUGAGGGAGGCUCAGGGGCAUCUUGAUGAGGAGGGGAACGCGAAGGGGAAGAAGAAAGGAACUUCUGGAUGA